AUGGGAACAAAGUUCUUAGCUCUUGGUUUGUCUUUGUGUCUUGUCCUCUCAAGCUUCUAUCAAGUUUCUUGCCAGGAUGAAGGAACUCCAGGUUUGAGUUUGGAUCUAAUCGAGCGUGAAUACCAAGAUAAUGUCAAGUCUCUUCAAGGCAAUGAAGGAGAAGAUCAAUCUGGUGGUCAGAAAAACAGUACAGUGACGGUUAACAAGACUAUCUCUCUGUCGAUAUCGGAAGAAUCAGUGGAAACCCUUAAAGAUUCUACUGUUACCUCGUCUCAGGUAGGAGUUGUUACUGAUGAAGGCGUUCAAGCUUCAAGUAUGUUGGACCAUAUCGAACUUGAGUUCCAAGGCAAGUCAAGACAUUUACUCUCACAUAUCAAUGAGCUUAAGAAGGCUGGAUCUGAUGGUAUCAACAAGGUUGAUGAAUCUAAGGAUGAUGAAGAACUAGCUGCUCAGAGGAAGAAAAUGAUGGAAGAGAUUGAACGGGAGUUUGAAGCUGCUGUAGCAGGAUUUGAAAAACUCAAGAUUGAUGGUUCCACUCAAGGAAAAGAUGAUGAACAAUCUGCAAUGAGACAAAGUAUGUUGGAUGAGAUUGAACGUGAUUUUGAAGCUGCGACAAAGGGUCUUGAACAACUGAAGGCUGAUGAUUUAACUGGAGUCAAUGAUGCAGAACACGCUGCAAGGAGACAAAAGAUGUUGGCAGAGAUUGAAAGAGAAUUUGAAGAAGCUACAAAAGGUCUUGAAGAACUAAGGCAUUCCACUUCAAGCACAGAUGAUGCAUCACACUCUGCAACUAGAACAAGUAUGCUAGAUGAGAUCGAACGUGAGUUUGAAGCUGCUACAAGUGGUCUUAAACAGCUAAAGAUUAAUGCUCACACUGUCCAAGUUGAUGAUAAAGAACAAGCUGCCAAAAGACAGAGUAUGCUGGAUGCAAUCGAACGGGAGUUUGAAGCCGUUACCGAUAGCUUUAAACAGCUUGAUGAUCUCGCUGAGAACAAAGAUGAGGGAGACCAAUCUGCAAAGAGGCAAAGUAUGUUGGAUGAGAUUGAGCGUGAAUUUGAAGCUGCUACAAGUAGUCUUAAGAAACUAAACCUUGAAGAUUCCACUCAAGGAGAUAACACUGCAGAAAAUGCAAUGAGAAAUAGCAUGCUUGAAGCUAUUGAACGCGAGUUUGAAGCUGCUACAAAAAGUCUUGGAGAGCGGAAGGCUAGUGAUUCAACAACCCAAGGCAAUGAUCAUGAUGAACACUCGGCAAGUAGACAAAGUAUGCUUGAUGCUAUUGAACGCGAGUUUGAAGUUGAAACUGAGAGAAGCAGCAUGUUGGACGAAAUCGAACGUGAAUAUGAAGCAGCUGCAAGUGCAAAGGCUUCUGGAAAAUACUCUGCAAAGAAUACACAAACCAUUAGUACAGUGCAUAAAACUUCUGGUGGAUCCAACUCUGGUUUUAGCAGUCUUUUAAAGUCUACAGAUGGUGUGUGUGGUUGUUUUAACAAAGACAAAGAUGGUCUUAAGGUAGACACAGGUUGUUCAAUUAACAUAGGGGAGAUACUUGCUGAAGAAUCAAACUUCCAGGGCUCAGAGACAUCUAGCCUCACCAGUUCAUUGACCAAUCUUGUUCACACUCAUAGACAAGAAACAAAUUCAAAGGGAGGCACAGUCCUUGUCUCCGAAUCAGAGAACAUAGAGAGCUUAAAGCUAACCCUAAAGAAGCUAAGAGGUCUAAGCGCACGGGAUCUUGUAAACCAUCCCAACUUUGACGAGAUCAUAGAAGCAGGUACACGUUACGAGGUACUCAGCUCAGCUUCAAUAGGUUACAUCUCUUUGCUAGCCAAAUACAAAACCGUCAUUAAAGAAGGACUCGAGGCUUCUCAGAGAGUCCACGUCGCGCAAACUCGCGCCAAGCUUCUCAAAGAAACCGCGUUGGAGAAGCAGAGAGCCGUGGACGCAGAGUUCACGUUUGCCAAGACUCUUGCUCAUCAGGGAGACGCGUUGUCUAUCAAAAUCUUUGCGAUCAAGAAACUGUUGGUUAAGCUUGAAGCGGAGAAAGUGAACAUUGAUCUUAAGUUCAAGUCUACGGAGAGUAAUCUAGCACGGCUUCUUAAGGAGGCUUCUCAGGCUUAUGAAGAGUAUCAUGUGGCUGUGCGUAAGGCUAAGGACGAGCAAGCUGCUGAGGAGUUCGCUCUUGAGACGACCAAAAGAGCAGAACAUAUUUGGGUUGAGUUUCUUAGUUCGCUUAAUUGA